UAUAAGCUAUUACGCGCUAUAUAUCUUGUCAACAAACUGAUUAUCCGGAAUUUGUGUUGAUUUCGUUAAAGUAUAAAAGCAUUAUUAUCUCCCCUUUUAUGGUACUAGUCAAAGUUUACUAAUAGUUAUUAUCAGCGCUCGACCUGGAACCGCUUGAAGGAAUGGGCAGUGAGUUCUGCGCCACUGGCACGCCAGAAUCACAGUGCCUUUGUUCGGAAAAGCAACGUUUUUUGAAUAUGAUUUUGAAUCAGACAUCAUAUACGGGGCAUGCUGAUAUUUAUGAUAGAAAGACAUGGGAAACUUUCGCACAUGUGUGGCAUAUUCUGUGGACAAUCGCGCCGGUUGUAUAUUUCUUUGCAAUUGCGCGCAUUGUUGGGCAAGUGAUUGAAAAAAGAGUUCCUCCGCAUGCUGUAUGCAGAUUUCUUAUUGGGUUUGUGUUGAUCGUCGUACCAACAGUGCUAAUUGUGAAUGUGCUCAACAGCUAUGUUGGCUAUGUGAUGUUCGUUAUAUUUUUGUGCGUCUUUUCGUUGGCCGCAUUAUAUGUGGUUUAUGCAAAGAAAAAGCAAAAUCGGACGUACAAUUUGGGUGGCAGCCGUCCAUUUGUAUUAACACUUGAUCGUGCAACUAUCAACCUGCUUACGGCGCUAUGCAUACUCGCUGUGGAUUUUGAAAUGUUUCCAAAACAUUUUCGAAAAACGCGUCGCUAUGGUGUUGGCCUAAUGGAUGUUGGUAUUGGGUUAUUUGUUUUUGCAAUGGGCACUGUCUCACGACCACCCACGAAAGUUGCACAUCUUUAGCAAACUUUAUGGACUGUCGUACCGUUGCUGGUGUUGGGUCUCAUGCGUACCCUGGUCAUAAUGUUAAUUAAUUACGAACAAGAUGAACAUGAAUAUGGCGUACAUAUGAAUGCCUUCUUUACAUUGGGUUUUACAAAGUUGUUUGGCUCCCUUAUUAGUGGAAUUGUUAGACAUAGAUUCGCACAUUUAAUAGCUGGUUCAGUUCUUUUAGCACUUCACGAAUAUGGACUUCAGCAUACCGUGUCUACCUUCGUCAUGAAUUCAGAUAUACCACGCGACACACUAGGCAUAUAUAUUUGUUAUCCAUAUAUAUUGGGCAGUGUCUUCGUAUUGAAGACAAAGUUCUGA